AUGCUUCACCAUCUUCAAGCCGCAGGAAUCAACGAUUUUCAUAAUGUUGAGACUAUAGCAGAAGAAGUGCUUUCAACUUCGCCAACAUAUGAAAAGUUGGGCAUCUCUACCUAUCCAACUAUCUCUCUUAUCAAUCACUCAUGCAACCCCACAGCUUCUGCUCUAAUGUCUGACAAGGGAAUUAUGAUAAUUUAUGCCAUGCAGUCUCUUUGUGCUGGAAGCCAGCUUUCCAUAAAAUAUCAUUCCUAUUUCUACGAGCAAUCGACGGAAGAAAGGCAGAAAUGUCUUAAACUCCUCGCUACCCGAGAAAUGAAACUCGCCAACGCCAUCUUCUCCAUUGCAAACCCACCGCAAUCUCUGCGUGAGGGUGGUCUCAUCUUCAUUUGCGGUUCGAUAGACGGCGUAUUGUCGGUAGCGGGUAGGCGGCACAAUGCCAAUGACAUUAACGCGACUGUGAUCGCUGUUCAACCAACCAAGAUUGUAUACCGUGGCCGGUAA